UUUUCAUUUACUGUUCAGUCAAAUAAUAAACGAUUAACGAUUUUACUUAUUUUUGUUUUGUUCUUACGUUUUGCCUUUUGUGUAAUAACUAUCGUUGGUGCGGAUUAUUGGAGAUUGUAAGUUAUUUAAUAAUUAAUCCAGCAGUACCUAAGUACCUUUACAUUAUAAUUGAAAAACAAACAAUAAGGAGGAUAAUUCAAUAUGGAACCAUUAAGAACAACAAUUGAUGAUAGCAAGAUAAAUUCCAAGUAUAAUGAUAUAAUUCACAAUUCUAGAGUGUUGUCAAUUCCACUUAUUAGAUGUGAUGACCAAGUGUUUAAUGGCAUUAUUAAACAGGAAACUAUUGAUAAUCAAUUAUUUAAUGGAAUGAUAAAAGAGGAACAUAUUGAUGAAACAGACCAUCACAAUGAUAGUCAAUUAUUACAAAAAAGAAUUAAAACUGAAGAAAAAAGAAACACAACAGAUACUGAAAUUAAAGUAGAAAUAGAUUAUAUUAAUAUUUAUGAAUUUGAAGGAACAGUCUUACAACAAAGCUACUCUUCAGAAUUAAUGACUCGUAUGAAUUCAAACUUAACAUCCAACAGUUUAAAGAAAACUUCAUUGAGUGAUAACUUUGAUAAGGAGUUUUCUACAGCAUCCAAUUUAACUGCGCAUACAAGAAUACAUACCAGAAAAAAGCCGUAUAUAUGUGAUAUCUGUGAUAAAUUUUUUUUUCUGAAAACAAAUUUAAUAACUCAUAUAAGGAUGCAUACCCUUGAAAAGCCAUAUACUUGUGAUAUCUGUGAUAAGGAGUUUUCUACGGCAUCCAAUUUAAAAUCGCAUACGAAGACACAUACUGGACUGAAGCCUUAUAAAUGUGAUAUCUGUGGUAAGGAGUUUUCUAGAGUAUCCACUUUAACUGCGCAUACAAGAAUACAUACUGGCGAAAGGCCGUACAAAUGUGAUAUCUGUGGUAAGGGGUGUUCUACAUCUUCUGAUUUAACUGUACAUACAAGAAUACAUACCGGAAAAAGACCAUAUAAAUGUGAUAUCUGUGGUAAGGAGUUUUCUAUAGUAUCCAAUUUAACUGCGCAUACAAGAAUACAUACUGGCGAAAGGCCAUACAAAUGUGAUAUCUGUGGUAAGGGGUGUUCUACAUCUUCUAAUUUAACUGUACAUACAAGAAUACAUACCGGAAAAAGACCAUAUAAAUGUGAUAUAUGUGGUAAGGAGUUUUCUAGAGUAUCCACUUUAACUGCGCAUACAAGAAUACAUACUGGUGAAAGGCCAUACAAAUGUGAUAUCUGUGGUAAGGGGUGUUCUACAUCUUCUAAUUUAACUGUACAUACAAGAAUACAUACCGGAAAAAGACCAUAUAAAUGUGAUAUCUGUGGUAAGGGGUGUUCUACAUCAUCAGAUUUAACAAAGCAUUCAAGAACACAUACUGGCGAAAGGCCAUACAAAUGUGAUAUCUGUGAUAAAGGGUGUUCUACAUCAUCAGAUUUAACAAUGCAUUCAAGAAUACAUUCCGAAGAAAAGCCGUAUAAAUGUGAUAUCUGUGGUAAGGGGUGUUCUUCAUCAUCAGGUUUAACAAAGCAUUCAAGGACACAUACCGGAGAAAAACCGUAUACAUGUGAUAUCUGUGGUAAGGGGUGUUCUACAUCUUCUAAUUUAACUGUGCAUACAAGAAUACAUACCGGAAAAAGGCCAUAUAAAUGUGAUAUCUGUGGUAAGGGGUGUUCUUCAUCAUCAGGUUUAACAAAGCAUUCAAGGACACAUACCGGAGAAAAACCAUAUACAUGUGAUAUCUGUGGUAAGGGGUGUUCUACAUCUUCUAAUUUAACUGUACAUACAAGAAUACAUACCGGAAAAAGACCAUAUAAAUGUGAUAUAUGUGGUAAGGAGUUUUCUAGAGUAUCCACUUUAACUGCGCAUACAAGAAUACAUACUGGUGAAAGGCCAUACAAAUGUGAUAUCUGUGGUAAGGGGUGUUCUACAUCUUCUAAUUUAACUGUACAUACAAGAAUACAUACCGGAAAAAGACCAUAUAAAUGUGAUAUCUGUGGUAAGGGGUGUUCUACAUCAUCAGAUUUAACAAAGCAUUCAAGAACACAUACUGGCGAAAGGCCAUACAAAUGUGAUAUCUGUGAUAAAGGGUGUUCUACAUCAUCAGAUUUAACAAUGCAUUCAAGAAUACAUUCCGAAGAAAAGCCGUAUAAAUGUGAUAUCUGUGGUAAGGGGUGUUCUUCAUCAUCAGGUUUAACAAAGCAUUCAAGGACACAUACCGGAGAAAAACCGUAUACAUGUGAUAUCUGUGGUAAGGGGUGUUCUACAUCUUCUAAUUUAACUGUGCAUACAAGAAUACAUACCGGAAAAAGGCCAUAUAAAUGUGAUAUCUGUGGUAAGGGGUGUUCUUCAUCAUCAGGUUUAACAAAGCAUUCAAGGACACAUACCGGAGAAAAACCGUAUAUAUGUGAUAUCUGUGGUAAGGGGUGUUCUACAUCUUCUAAUUUAACUGUGCAUACAAGAAUACAUACCGGAAAAAGGCCAUAUAAAUGUGAUAUCUGUGGUAAGGGGUUUUAUACUUCAUCACAUUUACCAAAGCAUUUAAAAACACAUGCCAGAGAUAAACUUUAGAAAUGUAAUAUCUGUAAUCAUAUUUUUUCUCUGAAAAGGUAUUUAAUAUGUUAUAAAAUGACACAUACCGGAAAAAGUGUUUAAAAAUUCAAUAUACUCAAGACACAAAAAAUUAUCUUAUUUAAUAUUUAUUAAAACUUUUAUACUUUAAUCAUUUCAUAGUAUUUAUGGAUUAGUUUAUAAAAAUAUGUUGAUAAAUGGUUAUUAAUAGAGUAUUUUUAAAAUUAUUUCCGAGCUGAUAACAAAUGUACAUGGACAUUAUUUUCGUCCAAUAAGGAAUUAUGAAUAAAAAUAAUGUUUAUGUUUAAUACAACUAAAAUAAAUAUCAAAAAUAUAUUUUCUUCGAAUAAGGAAUAAAGAAUAAAAAUAGGUGUUUACGUUUAAUAUAAAUUUAAUAGUUAUUAAAGUAGCUAUUACGAAAAAUAAUUUAAUUUAAUUAUAUGGCAUUUCUGCUACAAAUGAACACCUGUUUAAUAAAAUAAAUAUUGGACACAUUUUUAUAUUUGUAGGAAAACAGUACCUUAUUUUUGGAGGAAAAUAGACCCACCCAGGUAGUUAGGUCUCAUUAUAUUUUCCAAAUAUGUUGUACUUGACAUUGGAUAUGUGGGCUGUGCAGUCUAUAUAUUAAUAAGUCUAUGGUUAUAUAAAUGGUUAUAUAUCAUUGCGAUUCUAGUUUAUACUAUUAAAUAUUAAAUAUAUAGGUAUCAAUUAUACUAAAAUAAGUUAUUAAUUAAUUUUAUCGUUUAUUUUCAUUAUUACCCAUGUUUUAUAAAUUGUUCAUAACUCAUAAGACUACAAAAUAAAUAUAGUAUACCUUGUAUAGGAGCUAUUUAAUUGUAGGAUUGGCUGAAGAUUUCAACACUAAUCUUUAUAAAAAAUAAAAUAAUAUAGUAAAAAUACUUGGUUUAUUGAAACAGUUAUAUCAAUAAUAAAGAUAAAAAUAGAUCUUAACUAUACUACUGUUCCAAUUGAUAAAAAUCAUUUGUUUAGAAAAAAAUGAAUGUUUAAAAAUAUAUUUUUUAUGUAGCUGUCGACGAGGAUCUUUUAUAUGUAAUACGUACUUUAUACAUGAACUUAAUUUGUACCGUUAUUCAAGAUACAAGAUACUCGAUACAUCCCAAACUAUACAGAAUACCAGGAAUCCAUUCUUAUACUUUAAGGUUUAUGUAUAAGGUCAAGUGGGGUAAAUGGAAAAAAUAUUUUUAAAUUUCUAUAUUUUAUACAAUUACUAGUUGUUAUGACAAUUGUUUUCCAUUUCUACAUUAUGAUCUUAUUAGAACACUUUCAGUAAUGACAAUGUCGCAAUUUAAAAUUUAAUGUACUUACUAUUUUUCAAAAAAAUUUACAUUUACAUUUGCCCCAUCAAAAUAUGAUAAAACAUAUUUUUCGGGGUAAAUGAAAACUAAACAAAUUUGUCAGUAAUCCGUAGGAAUAACCCCUGGAGCAUUUGAAAAUAUUUGUGUAGUACGCAUAUUUCAUUUUGCCCCAUAUUACAUAGUGGCCAGGGAGACAUUCAUAAACCAUUGUGUAACGGGGAGAUACGAGGGCCAUAACUUGAUGGUUUCUUAGACCUUUAGCCAUAUGUCGCAAGAUUGGCUCUCUCCGCGCCUAGUGACGCGACUACAUCCUGUGCCAGGGUGUGCACUGGGCGGCCAGACGCCAGGCAGUGGCCCAAGGCAUACACAUUUGAGGUACCUAUUUCGUGAGUUUCGUAUGAAACGUCGGCGGCAUCAGGUAACAACCUGAUCGAGCACUCCCCUUCUAAGACGGCACUAACACAACCUCCGCAAGGCCAUCCACAUAAGUCACGGACGUGUGGCAGCCCAGCGGACUCGGGGACAGCCAAGGGCGCGCCUGACUGCCGGACGUGCGUGCUAUAGUUAAUCGGAGUACUGUUUCACCAGUAGGGGUCCCUCCGAUUCCCGCAGAAUGAGAUUUAGGAUUCCAUAAUCCGGGUUCGCACAAAGACCUGGUUCCCACUAGUGCAGGUAUCGGGGUAGAACUUUUACGUCUGCCGCGACACUGCCUUUUAUUUGAGCGGUACGGUUUUCUGCGUGGAUUUCCGUUCCUGCACCGAGUGGUUUCUCGGAGUUUUAUAGGGGCUUAUAGUAUAUGCCUGGUUAGGUCUACUACUCACACCGGGUCGUUCAAAUUUUGGUUCAAGCUCUCGAUCGUGUUUUGAAUGAGAAUGGACCGGCGUGUGGUCGGAGGUUCGCGGGCAGGUUCGAGGUACCUGCGCGUGGUUGCUUUUACCCGACCCUUCCGUUCCAUUUUAUCCAUUUCAACGUUCUCAUCGAUGUGUCGCAAGGUUUACAGAGGGUUACAUUGAAUUCCCGUAAUCGCUCCUAUUAUCCUCACGCGGAUAUUUAUUCUCGUGCAGAAUAGAAGGGUAUCCCACUUUCCCUUGGCCACUGUAAAUUCAUUCAUUUUUGAAAUUUUAUAUCACCAAUUACGUCUAACGAGGUAACCCUUCGUCAGCGCGCACACGUGUGUUGUGAGAAAAUACACUUAGCGCCCGGAACACGACCUAGGUACUUGUCAUGAACUCAAAUUAGCACGGCCAAUCCGCACCACCAGCUCACACUGCAAAUUUGAGUUUUUCUCUCUCCUGGUUCGCAAGUUGGCAUUCCAUCAGCAGAUGCUCCGUGGUUCCAUUAGAGUACCCACACUGGCAAGCUGCAUCGCCUCUAAGUUUAAAACGAUGGAGUUGAGCGUUGAAGUUCCCGUGGCCCUACAUCAACUGGGACGUGUAAUGGUCCAUGUUGCACCACCCACGGUUCAGCCCACGCUUGACGUCAGGAAACCACUUAGGCUAAACCUAACCUGGCUAUCUGCCCUUGUCACUGGCGACCAACUUGCCCUGCCAGAAGUCAAUGAUGUUGUUAGCGUACUGGACCUUCCUAGCCUCGGCCAUAACCAUCGUCAUAACACCUCUCCUAACCGCGAUCCUAUCAUUUUCGAUCCUGGUUAUUCGUAAUAAUUCCAGGUCGAGAGGAGGUACUCCAGCUAGUACCUGCAGCGUCAUUGUUGAGGUGGUAUUAUAUGCACCCGUUGUCGCUUUUACUGGCUUCCUUUGAACACUGUUGGCUCUUCCUAGGUGGUGCCCGUCAGUCAUACACUUCGGGGCACACACAGAGGCCGCAUAGCUUAUUUGCGAUAUGAUUGUAUGAACACUGUCUUGUACAGGUUCUUAGUAAUUUCCUUUUUAAGUGGACGUAUCACGGAAAAAAAUCUGUUACUGGUUACUAUCAUAGGCAUAAACCCAUUUUUUGAGAGAUAACAAUGACUAAAUAACUAACACAUAAUAUGUAGAGGGAUACCUAAAUAUAUUACCUAUUAGCUACUAUAUGAAGGCCCAAAAUUAGCCCAUACCCUGCCAGACUACGAUCUCGCUAAUGACAAGGGGUGGGGAGGGCAAAUGCCCACCCUGUCACCACCAAAUUACGCCACUGCCAUAAGGUAUACCUAUUUUAUUAAUUAAUAAAUUAUUUAAUCAAGAUAGGUAAUAUGUAUACGUUAUAGGUAAUUAUUAGGUGUUAAAUAUGUAUUUAAAAAAAAGGUGGAUAAGUGGAUGUCGCUCUGCUGUACAGUAGGUUACAAGUGGGUUACUGUAAUGGAUGGUAUUAAAUUUGAAUUCAAUGAUAUAAUAUCAUUGUAUGAGAAAAACGAUUCUGAGCGAAAACGGUCAGUCAGCUUAUGAUAUUACCAAGUAUAUUUGAUGAUAUUAUUGUGAAUAAAGUAAUUUAUAUAUAACCUAUUUACGUGGAGCCUUGUUUUAAAUUUUCAAUCCUUAGCUAUAAAAGUUAAACAUUUUAUACAUUUUUAACUACAAAAUAAUUAAUAAAUUAUAAAUUUGAUAAAUGUUGUCAAAAUUCGAACUUUAAAUGCUUAUAAAAAAAAGUUGUGACUAUGUAUUUUUAAUAUUUUUCAACUGCUAUUAGAACGAUAUAUUAAGAGCCUUAUAUUAAAUUUUCAUGCUUUUUUACCCAACAAAUAAAAUUUUAUUGAUAUUUAAGAAAAAAAAAACUAAAAAAAUUGAAAACUGACAAUGUCCGUAAACAGCUCAAAAAGAGUCAAAAUAUUUUCAAAAUUUGAUGGUAUAUGGAAAAUGCUAAUAUAAACAUUCAGUGAAAUUUCAAGUAUCUAAAGUCAUUCGUUUUUUAAUUACAAUAAAAUAAGAAAAUUGUUACAUGAGAAAUCAAAUGAAUAUCAUAUGUUGUAAAAAUAUAAAUUUCAGACGCUCAUAAAAAUUUAAUUUAAGUUUCUUGUAGACAUUUUUUUUUUUUGACAAAGGUAGACAAAUUUAUGAGUAAUCUUAUAUUACAUUUUCAAAUCUUAGAUUUAAAAAGAAAAAUUUUUAUGAAUUCUCAACUCAAAAUAAUUUGCUAAUUUUCGCGAUUUUUCCGUAUUUUGUCAAAAUUUAAACUUUAAAUGCUUAUAAAUAAAAACUGUGACUAAAGAUUUUUAAUUUUUUUCAUCCGCCUUUGAAACAAUAACCUAGUAGCCUUCUAUUAAAUUUUCAAGCUUUUUUACUCAACAGAUAAAAUUUUAUUCAUAUUUAUAGAAAAAAAAACUAAAAAAAAAAUGGAAAUUUACAAUGUCCGUAAACAGCUCAAAAUAAGUCAAAAUAUUUGAAAAAUGUUAUGGUGUAUAGGAAAUGCAAUUAUAAACAUUCAGUCAAAGUUUCAUGUCCCUGCGGUCAUUUGUUUUAGAGUUACACCAAAAACCAAAAUCGAUUUUCUCGAAAACAGAUUUUGCGUAAAAAUUCCCGUUUUUCCUUAAUUUUCCUUUUGUUUUUCACGUCGCUUUUGAAUACUACUGGGUAAAUUUUACUCCAAAGUACCAACUAGAUUCACUUUCCUAUCAGAAAAGUUACUGUUGAAGAAAAUUCAAGCACUUUUACUGUCCUAAAAGGUGAUGACAGACACAAAAAUAAAAAAAUACACACAUCAUUGUAAAAUCAAUACAUUCAUCGCUCCGCUCAGAAUCUAAAAGCAUUCUACAAGUGAUUUCCGUUACCUAUGUUCUAAUAAAAGUAACAUUUUCAGAAUUUUUAUUUUUUUAACGUACCUAUAGAUUUCCGUUAAAACUAUUCAGAAUGCCUUGUUGCAAUUUUGUGAUGGAGUAAGGACAUAGACGAUGAUAACGGUUCAAAAAUGUCAAUAAAGCAAAUCGAACACAAACGAACAAAAUUUGAUACCUGUUUCUUUCUAUUUUUUAUAAAUUAUAAUAAUUUUAGUUAUAGAGUAGCAUCUCCACAUCGCGGUGGUGCAAUGUGUAUACAUCUACGGCUCAAAGUUUACUGCUCCAAAAAGUGACAGCCAUAAGAAAAAUAUGGUAAAAUGUAUAAUAGUUAUUAUACAGUGUAUUAUAUAGUUAUUUGCUUUUUGAAUAAUAUUUAUAAUAUAAAAUCUCAAGUUCUUGGCAUGUUCGAAAAUUUAUUGAAAACGGUAUAGCCGACGCAGUCUAGCGGUGUACCAUAGAAGAUUUCUUUCGCGCCGAUGGUUCUGUGUAGAUUUCGUAGCCAUUUCGCGGAGCAGCACGAAUUAUAAUAUUCUUCACACAUUUUAUUUUAUAGUUACUCAUUAGUCAUUAUUCACUACGAAAGUACAAUACAAUUUAUUUUUACUAAUUUAUUAGUAAUUACUAUACUACGUACAUUAGUCUGCAAUAAUUUUUUUUUUUAAAUUUUAUUUGGUAAACCGUCUAACUUCCAUAAUAUUUUCGGUCAUUAGUAUUACGCUCGUUGCUCGCUAUAAUAAUAUCCAAAGGUGGGCUAAUUAACUAGUUGCUUAAUUUUUCAAUCAACUUAUGAACUUAAUUAGUUUAAUCUACAGUUGAAAUAAUUUAGCUUUUCUCAGUUGAUUUAAAAAUAAUCCACCAAAUUCAAAAAAUUUUAAAUUCUUCAUUUUUAUGGUUUUGUACGUAGAUAUUAUUGUAUUAAUAUUAAAAUUAAAAUAGUCCAAUGCUCUUAUAUAGGUAAUUGUACAAACAUUUAUGUUAUUUUUAUGAUAAAACAUUUUUUGUAGAAUAUUAUGGAAAUAUUUUAGUAGAUUAGAUAUGCAUAAUAUUAUAUUAUAUGACCUUAAAUUGCUAUUUGAUAUGAAUAAAUUAGUAUUAGUCAAAUUAUUAAUUAAGAUGUGUAUUAUAGUUUAAAUAUUUAAUAAUCAUGUGAAGUAUAAUAGGUAUAUAGUAUACGCUAUACAUUACGAUAAAAGCUCAAUAUAAAACUAAUAAGUUUAAUAGGUACUGAAAGGUGAACUUAUGCCAAAUACUUUUGCCAGCAGAUAUGUCGCUAAAAUAAAUUUGGGUUGCUUAAUAGCAUACAAAAGUUGAUAAUAAGCUCCCCCGGUGACAAAUCUCCAUUUGGCCAAGUAGAAAUAAUUAAUAACCCUUCAACACCUGCAUCGAAUAAUUCCAUAUAAGAGUAAUUAUUAUGGAAUCGUGCCGAUUGACCCAUCUUGUUGGACAAUGUAAUUGUAAUUUAGCAAUCUGUGAUCCAGGACAAACACGUUUUAUUGAAUUUACCAUUACGUUUGGUCGUUUAGAGGGUAUUUAAAAAAUACGCAUACUUUGUGUACGGUGCCAGUACAGUUUCGUAUAGAUUGAAUGUUACAUGACGUGUCAGACAUUGCUAGAUAUUUUAAACAAUGUGAGGUACAAGCCCGGAUUAAGGAUCGAUUGGGCCCCGGGACACCAUACACUUAGCGGGCCCCCUUUCAACUUUAACUUCAAAAUUAUUGUAUCAUUGCAUAAUAUUAACGACUUUAUAUUAUUGUAUACAUUUUUACUAUACAAAAAAUGUACAGGAAGUAUCUUAUGUCAUUGUACGCGGCUUUUUUUUUGUUUAACAAUUAUGACUCGAUGAUAUGGAAUUUCGUUAAGACACAAAAAGACGUGUUUCUCUAUUUUGAACAGGCAAUUUUUUUUUAUAAUAUUUUUAAACACGCAGUUGUACCAAUAAUAAAAUCGACUUUAUUUUUUCAAAUGGUAACCACCAUAUUUUUUGAUGGAUUCUGGUAAAGCUUUUUUUUUUCCAAACAUUUUGACAGUAAUAUGAUCAGUUUUGGUUCACUAGGUGAUUAACUAUAUGGUCCUCUAGAUUUUAGUAUAAUAUGCAUUAAUAUACUUUUAACUGAAAUACCAAAUUUACAAGAGCUAAAUAUUUUUUUCUUAAAACCACCUUUUUAUAUACUUAAUAAUUAAAUCGGUAAUCUAAAAUGCUCAAAAAAAAAAACAAACAAACAAAAUUGUUGGCAAACAUAGUUUAUUAUUUAUAGUAAAUUUUUGUGAUUAAGAACAACUUUAUUUUAUAAUUAUUAAUAAUAAUUUACCUACAUACAUAGUUUUUUUUUUUUUUUUUUAAUAUUGGACUCGUUAAAAAAAUAUAUAUUUUGGGGAUAAAUAUGGGCCCCAGGACCGUGCUCCCCUUGCCCCCCCCCCCCCUUAAUCCAAGCUUGGUGAGGUGCCACUUGCUCAACCAAAAAGCCAUUUUAAAUAAUUUUUAAUAUGAUAAUACUAAUUCUUAGUUUUAAUUUAAUCUAUUCUGUGGUAUUAAAACGUUAAAGUUAUAAAGCUGCCUAAAGUACGUCAUAUUUUUCACAUAUGACAAAACUAUAAAUAUAUAUAUAAAUUAUAAUAACAAACUCUAUGAUAUUCUUUGUUUACGCCAAGUGGGGGGAGGGGUUGAACUCCUAAACCCCCUUGCAGGUUACUCAACUGUAUCACAUAAUAUUCUGUCAAUAACGAAAUACAAGAAAUUCGAACUCAACCUUUAUUAAAAUAAAUUAUAGAGAAAAAACCCAAUGAAAAAAAAAGAAUUUUUAUAAAAAAAAAAAGGUUUCAAAGAAACAAAUUUAAUGGAAAUCAGAGAAUAGGGGAAUUUCAAUAUAAAUGCUUGAAUACUAGAAUACUAUGGCUGAAUAUUAUAAACUAAAUAAAUAUAUUUUAUAUUAAAUGGACAUAACCUUUUUUAUUUAACAACGGUAACAAUUUUUUUAAAUAAAUAAAUGAUUACAUUUUUAUGUGUUUAUUUAUUUUACUUAUUUACAAAUUGUAAUAUAUUUUAAUAAAAAGAAAAAAAUCAAAACAUUUUUAGAGUAUUCUGAGAAUUUGCCUUUUUUAGAUAAUGCUUAGGCAUGUACUGAUCGGUGAUCGAUAACGGUUAGGAUUAAGUUAAUUUGUUUUUAUAAAUUCUACAAGACCUAACAAAUUGAUAACAAUUACGCACGCGUAUAGGGUAAUCCUCAGGAAAAUUUAACUAACGUGUUCUGGUCUUCUGGAUUCCUAGGUCGGCGUAUUAAACUUAAUAUAAGUGUCACACGGAUACAAAUUUUUUGUAUGGAAAUGAUAUAAUAUAUUAUUAGGAUAAAUCAUCGGUAAGAUUCAGUAGGUAGGUAGAUUUAGUUAGUAAGGCACGGUGUUAUUGGCAGGGGUGUAGUAAGUUAUUGGCACCAAGUAAUUUUGUUUUUCGUAUAUAAAAUGUUUGAUUAUGAAUUUAAGGGAUAUUUUUUUCGAUUAUACGGUCAUACUUAUACUGUUAUACUAUCAAUCUUGAUGUUAUCAUAUUAUUUGUUUGAUGAUUUGCUAUUCGAUUUCGUAAUGGAGCAGGUUACGUGCCAAUAACUAUCAAAAACGAAUUCUUAAGGUGCCAAUAACUGCAUACUCUACCCUUAAUUUAUUUUAUUCUAUUCAUGAGACGGAUCUGUAACAACCCUCCCGUAAAUAUAAAAAUAAUCGAUAAAAUAUGCACAUAUAAUAUUAUGUAUUUUAUAAUACUGGAUGGUCUUUUUUACCGUUAACACGCAUUAUAUACAUCAAAAGCUUAUACAGUUAAUGUUAAAGCUUAGAAUAUGCUCUGAUCAUCAACUUCGAGGGAGGUUUCUGGUAGCAAAUUGGAUCAAACCGUACUUUUCGGAGGACAAAAUUGAAAGUUCCCAGAGCUGAGGCCUUUGACAUAAUGUUACGAGAUAUAGGUAUUACGUAGAAUUAUAAAUUACGAUAAACAUGCAGGUAUAAAAAAUAUAAUGUGUAUAAUAUUCUGUUUUGGAUUUAUCAAUUUGAUAUAAAAUACUUGUUUAUGGACAAUGUAAUAUGUGGGGCGUGGAUUUUUAUGUGAUAAAAAAAGUCGAAAUAUGUACCUACGUACCAAUUAGAUAAAAGUGUUUAUUCAAUUUUAAUAUUUAAAUCAUAAAAAAAAGUACUGAAUAGAACAAUAUACUAGUCAUUUUGGAGCAAUAGAUUGUAAACAGAUUUGGUGGUAUAAAAUCGUUUACCUAUUCUAUCUUAUUUAUUUUGACGUUCUCUAUUACGAUUUACGACAUAUUAAACAUAUUUCACGCAGAAAAAAUAUUGUUGUCAAUAGUAUGUCUGUAAAUGGAUAGGUUAGUACAAAAAUACGAAAUAUGUAAGUACUUAUUGUAAAAAUAUUUAAGAACAAUUAAUUUAUUUCGAAUAGUAUACGAAAAUAUGUAAUAAUGAAUAUACCUAUGUUUCAUUCGAUUUAGUGUGUUAUGUAACGCGUGUUCAUUUUUAAGCCAAAUUAAGAAAUUUACCUUAUAUAAAAUUAUAUUUUUACAUAAAAUCCGCGCCCUAGACAUAAGUAAUAAUAGUAUUGACGAUCAACCGAUAUUGUAAGUCGUAACCAACCGUUUAUUAUAAUGUUUUGAUACUCUUUUUCUCUUCAGCCUCCAUUCUUACACGAUAUUUUACAAAAUAUUUUAUAGUUUAUUUUAAUAGUUCAAAUCCAAAUACAUUUUAUACGUCAUGUUCAGAUGUUUUAAAAAUAAUACUGAUACUGAUACUUUAAUGUUAGUUAGAAGUAUGUUAGCAAAAUUCGCUAGUUUUUGUAUGUCAAUUUAGUGAAAAUUCUACCCAAACAAUAUUUUAUUUAUUGAAAAACAGAUUAAAAAUAAAAUAACAAGGAUAGAAUUUUUAAUAAGCUUACCAAAAAAGUAUACCUAAACCUAAUUUUUGAUUGAUUUAUUAUUUGUAAUUGUAUAUUUUUUUAUUUGACUAUAAUAUUAUUGAUAAUAUUGAUUUUUGAUUUGAUCCAACUGAUUCAAUAUAUAUUUGAUUUUUUGUUACAUCAUAAUCAUUAUACAUUCAACAAGUAAAUUGAUAUUUAUCAUUCAAUUUAACUAUUAGUUUUUAAAAAUCACUGAUUAUAAUACAUAAUUUGCGACUCGGAUCUAUUAGGACGCAAUUUGUAAAUACACUCAUGUACCUGUGUGAUACUCCAUUCAUAAUAACUUUAAAUAAUUAAAAUUUAAUUUCAUAACUAAUCAACUCGUUUAAAAUCUUAUUUUUGUAAAUCAGAAUAAUAUUCUGAAGUAUGAAAUUAAAAAAAGUAUUAAAAAGUAUACUGUUAUUUAUUUUUAAAAAAAGUUACAAAAAUAAAAAUAAAAAAUAGUAAAAAAAUAUAUUUUUUGUUUACAAAAUGUUUUUGUAUGUAACUUUACGACAUGGUCUAAAUGUAAACUAUAUAAAAGUAUAAAGGUAUAGGCCAACAUAUUUCAACAGUCUAAAUAUUAAUUUUAAGAAACAUCUUAGAGUAAAUAAUAAUAUUAAUAUAAAUAAAUCUUCAUCAAAUUUUAUUUGUCUGAAUUGUAAAUUUAAGAAAUUAGUAAGUACCUAUGUAUUUUGUUUUUUUCCUAUUUUGUCUUUAUUUCAUUUAUUGUAAAUGUAUUCUUUUAUUAAUGUUUUUUAGUUUAUAGAUUAUAAGAAAAUAACUUUCUGCCUUCAACACAAACUUGCUUAACGAAGGUGGAUAAACCAAAAUGUUUAUAGAAAACUUGUAUAUACACAUUUUAAUAAAUAGAAAAAAAAAAGUUAAUAAUUUUUGAGACAAUGAGUGUAAAAAGGAACCGUUAAAAUAACCAUCCUGUAUAUUUGGUUAUAAACUCGGUAAUAGUUACUUACAAUCCGUCAUAUAAUACUAUAAUAUGUGUUGUAAAUUGUUUACAAACACGAAUGUGAUAUAUCUAAUUACGAUGGCAUUAUUCAUAUUGCUAAAUUUAUGCGUAUUAUAAAUUUAAAUAAACGUCAUUACUAUCGCCUGAGUGCUAAAUAAAUAAUCGUAAAAUUCUAACGAUUGUAAGUGAUGAUAUUUGACUACACUUUUUACUUGUUAUUCAGACUUUCAGAGGUUAAAAGUGUUCACUAAUUGAAAGUUAAAAAUGCACGAAUAUUUGCAGUCUGCUGAGGGGAAGUCACAAGUCCCGGUGUAUAUUUCAGAGGUGCGCCGGUGAACAGUUGUAGAGUUACACUGCACCUUAAGUUUAAUAUACAUAAUUGAUUUGUUUAUGUAUAUUGUUAAAUUUGAUUAUUUUGUUUUUCACGCCCGAGGGGAAAUAGAAGAAAACUUCAAGAACUUUAAUGAGAUUAACUCAAUAUUCUUUCAUUACGUUCGAUUUAUACAAUGUCUUAAACGUCAUCGUUCUGCACAUGACAUAAUAUGUAUUGAUGUAUUAUAUUAAGCAGUUUAAUCAAACAAAAAUUCAAGCCAAAAAAUGAGUCGCGAGUUGUGACCUACAUAAUUCUCUAAAAUAUCGUUUUGAUAGCUCUCUAGUCUAUGGAUAAUAACAAUAAAUAAUGGUUACACGGAUUAUUGGAAUUUAAUACUUCUUUUGUAUUCUAUUAUUUUACAUUACUUGUUUUGGCAGACAAGUAUAUAGAUACUUAUAAUGAUAUUAAACCAUAAUAAUAUUAUGUCGUUGUUCGAUGUCAGGCUAAAUCUGUUGGGUUAAUACGUUAUAAUAACUUACUUAAAAUGCAAAAAUAAUCUUAUUAAUACUGAAUGCUCUCUAAUGCGCAUACAACUUUAAAUGCAAAUAUUUUUGAUUAUGAACUAAUCAUGAAAUAUAGAAGUUAUAUUAUGUAACCACGAGAUACCUACCUGGUAAUGGCGUCGGAAAUACAAAUAUUUUCGGUUAUUAGACGAUAUAUUGUUUUGAAACCAAACAAUAAUACACGAAUUCUUAAACAUCCGAUCUCAAAAUUUAUCAACACAUACUAUGUUUACGCUAUUAUAUGACGGACUAUCGAAAACAUUAAGAAAACAUGUUGUUAGUUUCUGUCUAAAAACAUUUAUCGAGAGUAAUUUUUUUUUAUACUUAAAUCAUUACACAUACAAUUGAGAA